AUGCCACCCUGCGCCGUGGGACUAUACCUUUGCUGCUACCAGCAUCUUUCCAUCGAACCCUCCUCACCCUCCAGUUGGUCGGCUUCUGCUGACGUCCGAGACUGCAGCUCUUCCAGUGCUGAGGAUGCUUGCUGGAUGGGGCGCUCCCGGAAGGAGGCAGUGAAGUCUCUGAAAUAUAGCAACCUGGGUUUCAGCACAGACGACACCAACAUUUUCAUAAGCACCUUUUCAUCGAACCCUCCUCACCCUCCAGUUGGUUGGUUUCUGCUGAUGUCCGAGACUGCAGCUCUGCCAGUGGUGAGGAUGCUCGCUGGAUGGGGCGCUCCCGGAAGGAGGCAGGUGAAGUCUCUGAAAUAUAUCAACCUGGGUUUCAGCACGGACUAUACCUACGUUUUCAUAAGAUACCUUUGCUGCUACCAGCAUCUUUUCAUCGAACCCUCCUCACCCUCCAGUUGGUCGGCUUCGGCUGACGUCCGAGACUGCUGCUCUGCCAGUGCUGAGGAAGCUUGCUGGAUGGGGCGCUCCCGGAAGGAGGCAGUGAAGUCUCUGAAAUAUAGCAACCUGAGUUUCAGCACAGACGACACCAACAUUUUCAUAAGCACCUUUUCAUCGAACCCUCCUCACCCUCCAGUUGGUUGGUUUCUGCUGAUGUCCGAGACUGCAGCUCUGCCAGUGGUGAGGAUGCUCGCUGGAUGGGGCGCUCCCGGAAGGAGGCAGGUGAAGUCUCUGAAAUAUAUCAACCUGGGUUUCAGCACGGACUAUACCUACGUUUUCAUAAGAUACCUUUGCUGUUACCAGCAUCUUUUCAUCGAACCCUCCUCACCCUCCAGUUGGUCGGCUUCUGCUGACGUCCGAGAUUGCAGCUCUGCCAGAGGUGAGGAUGCUUGCUGGAUGGGGCGCUCCCGGACGGAGGCAGUGAAGUCUCUGAAAUAUAGCAACCUGGGUUUCAGCACAGACGAUACCAACAUUUUCAUAAGGUACAGCGGGAAUCCUUUUCCUGAUUUCCGUCCAUCCAGAGGAUGGACAAGAAUGUUUUCUCUCUGCUUCAACUAA